AUUGUGGUGGAUAGUCGCUUUUAGCGUCUCAGUUUACUUAUGUUUUGUAUCGAUCCGGAGUAUUUUGAUAGGUUGGAGCGAGAAUCCGGUAACAGUUGGUUUUACGGAAAAACAAGCGCCCAUAUCCGAUAUUCCCUACCCUACAAUAACGAUAUGCCCAGAGAUCAAAGCUCGUCAAAAAAUGAUCAACGCAUCGAACAUAAAUGAAAUGUUGCUCAAAGCAGGCGCCCUAACUGACACAGAGUGAGAAAUGAACAUUUUUUUUUUAACAUUACACAUUUUGCGUUUUUUAGAUUCAUGAAACUUGAUGCCUUAGCACACAUAUGCCACAUGUGGGUAUAUAGCGGAUAUGAUUUUGUAAAUGAAUCAAUAUAUAGAACUAUCGAAGAAAUCGCUCCGUAUCUGGACGAGUCUUUUGUUAAUUGUAAAUGGCAGAGUAAUACUAUUAGCUGUGACGCUCUCUCGCCAAUUUUCACCGAUAGCGGUUUAUGCUACGCUUUCAAUGCUCUAAACUCACACGAAAUGUUUACAGAUGAAAUGGCUCCAGCGUUGAUGAUCGCAAAACGAAAUCCAAAUAUAUCGCAGUGGAACUUAGAGGAAGGAUAUGAAAUCGGUGUAAAUGAUGACUGCUACCCAAUGCGCAUAUUCAAUGCAAAACCAACCGGUGCUUUAACACUGUUCCUUCAACUGGUGACCGAAAAUUUAUCAUUCAAAUGCCAACGCUUGAAUUCGGGAUUUCAAGUGUUUAUAACUUUGCCGGGUGAGGUACCAGGCAUGUCUGGUCUUGUAUUCCAAAUACCUUCUGAUGAAGUAGUACAAAUAUCGAUUAGAGCGAAAUCGAUCACAACAUCGGAUGGACUACGAAUUUAUAAGCCAAGCCAGCGCCAAUGUUUCUUCGGAACCGAGCGUCAAUUGAUGUUCUUUAAAAUGUACACGCGAAAUGGAAUGCUUAGCAAAUUUCACGGAGCAGGAAUGUGGAUGCGUAAAAUUUUCAAUGCCAAGUAUAACUAAAGUGGAUAAUUUUUUGAGUCGGCGAUUUUAUGCAUAAGUAUCGAAAUCUCUUAUGGAAGAAAGUAUUGAAAAUAAUCUCAAUUUAUCAAUCAAGUCAAAUUUUAAAAAUGAUACAAACACAAAACAUCCAAUAAAAUUGGUGUGAAUGGUGAUCGGUUUUCAUCGACAAAUUAAAGCGUAAAUAGAAACUUGCAAAUCAGUACCAUCAAUAUGAAAAUUCAGAAUAAAUCUAUAGAUAUUCAAAAUCGCCAUAAAUGCACAAUAAUCACCAAAGUUUUCACUCUAUUCGAAUCUACAACAGUCUUUUUUAUGUGUUAUUGGUUUCGAUAGUUUAUUUUUGCAUAACAUAUUAUUGACAACUGUGUGUUGUCUUUCCAAUUGACAGUUUUUGACACUUCACAUGACAUGUAAAGUCAUCGAAUUCAAAACUAUGCUCGGUGCUCGUUAUUUCACAUUGCAAAAUCUAUUUCUGUAUACAUAAUAUGCAUAUGUUUUGUGUGCAAUACGAUGUAAUUAUGUAAGAAAAUCGAAAUAAACCGGUUGAGAGGUGAAGUUUGAGGACGCC